AUGAAAGAUCAAAAGACCGAUUUUAGUACAGGUGUAAUGAAGGUUUACGCCUCACUCUUUAAACCGUUACGUGUCACAAGGCAUCAAUUUAAGAAGAUUUUAAAUUGUAUGAAACUGAUACGUUCCCUUAAAUAUCAGGAAGUUUAUGCUCAAGAAAAAGUCACUAAAGUGGACAGUCUAUCAUUAGUGCUAUCUGGCAAAUUAGUUGUUUCACAAAAUCAACGAGCAUUACAUAUAGUGUUUCCUCAUCAGUUCCUAGAUUCACCGGAAUGGUUUGGUGUUUCUACCGACGAUUAUUUUCAGGUAUCCAUAAUGGCUAUGGAAGAAUCGCGUGUGUUAAUUUGGCAUCGUGACAAGUUAAAAUUAUCCAUUAUGGCAGAACCAUUUCUGCAAUCAGUAUUCGAUCAUAUACUAGGACGAGAUGUAGUUAAGAAAUUGAUGCAAGUGACACAGGUUAGCGAGUCAAUUGCAAGCAACGGAUUCCUGCCUUCAGGUGGCUAUGACGAUGGCGAAGAUAAACCUAUGCUUAUAAUGAAGAAAAGUGUGGAGGGUCAUGGUUUAACAGCUUUAAUUAAUAGGCAAUUACAAGGUAUGUCGUGAUCCCCGCAAUCACUUCU